UCCACCAAACUAAGAGGCAUAUGUCCUUUUCUCCUCUCCCCCCUUUUUUUUUUUCAUUCUUUUCUUAAUAUAUUUUCAAGAGAAAAGAGAGGUUUAAUUCUUUAUUUUGCCAAGAAAAUUGGAUGAUUUUGAGAUAUAGAAAUGGGAGAAGGGAGCAUGAUGAAGCAGGAGAACAGAAGCUUCUGUAACAGGCACGUGGGAGAACCGUGCAAGGCGUUUGGUAGGAAGUGCAGCCGGUUGGUGCAGGAGCAGAGAGCCAGAUUCUACAUCCUCCGGCGCUGCGUCAUCAUGCUCAUCUGCUGGCACGACUAUGGAGACAGUUAAAGAGACUGCUGUUGCAAAACUUGUUUUUGAGGGUUUUUCUUUUUUUCUUUUUUUUUUAAGUGGGCAUGUGGUGGUAUAUAUAUCCCUCGUUCAGCUAGUGCCAUAGCAAACUAAGCUCACUUUGUCGGUCCGGUGAGGCAAAUAUAGAUGUAAUUUGAUCAUAUUAAUUAGAUUAUUAGUUUUAUAUAUAUAAAGCACAUACAAAAUGAAAUAUGGAUAAAUUGGUGGUUUUGCAGGGUGGAUGAAAUGCAGAAUAUCAUGUAUCAAGAUAUACGGUUAGAAAUUAAUUAAGCUCGACGGAAAUUUUGGUUCUCUCAUUGCAUGUGCGGUUCUGUUGAGAAUGUGUGAAAAUGUUAAUAAGAUGUCUGGGUUGAG